GAAACUCUCAGAAUGAACAGAUCGCAAACUGUCGCUUUAGGACUGCUGAUCGCUGUGAUCGGCACCACACCUUUGGAUGUGAACGCCUUCUUCUUUCCACCACCCGGGAUUCAACGACAACCAACCGCCAUUGUAAACCAACCGUCGGCCACUGCUGCAACGACAACGCCAACCCAACAAUCGAACGUCACGCUUGCGCUUGGCAAUCGGGUCAACACGGAUACCGCCCUAACGGACUACGGAACGCGCGUGAACGGUCUCGGGAUCAAUGUGAACCGUCGGCGUCGUCGUGAUAUCUGGAACAUCGAGUCCAAUCCAGUGCUGGCGGGGCUGGCAACCAACAAUCCCGUGAAUGGUUCCUACAUUGCCAUCGGCAACCAGGUGUUCACUCUGCCCAACAAUCUUUCCAACGUUUCGCUCAACAUUGCAGCCGGCAGCAGCAGCAGCAGCGGCCAAACAGUACCACCCAGCAUCUCCAACUUCCUCCCAACGAUACCAGCCAACUAUACGCAGGCCUUCGAAACGCUGGUGACUCAGUUCCAAACCCAACCCCUGGACGCAAUGGACAGCUUGGUACAGACUCUUUCGGACACGUACACCAACACCUUCCAUGGGCUGUUCACGGAAGCGGGACUGAAGGGCCUUAACGAGACGCUCGAACACGCUCGAUCGGUGAUCGAGACCGGCAUAGAAUCCCUCGUCGACCAGGGAGCCCAUGGUUUCGAGCAGGUCAUCGCCAGCUUCAACAUUUCGAGUGCUCGCGUCCAGCAGUGCGUCGGUCCCGAUCUCACACCCACCACCAUUGGUCGGCGUGUCGUUGGAAAGGGGACGGACUGUGUGAACAGGAAGUGGCGCCAACUGUCCGACAUCGGUGGUCGAAUUGCCGGCGAUAUUCUGGCUGCCGAUCGUGGUGCUUCGGAUUUUCUCAGGAAUCUAACCACCUGCAAUGGGGCCAACUUUAACGCGGCAGAUGCAUCCGGUGGAGGUGCCGGCACUCGGAGCGCUCUCCGCCGUCAGUGCUACGUCCGGACGAUGGGUAACUUUCCCCAGUCGCUCCUCUUCCUGCCCGUCAGUCUGACCAUCGAGGGAGGAAAACUGUAUGCCGCCCUGUCCAGCCUCCAGUCGGACGUGGCGCUCUGUGCCGGCGAGAUGGGGCUCGAGAUCGGUCUAGUGACGGUUCAGGUUAGCUCCAAGAUUGCAUUCUGUCAGGUAGCGGCAGUCCAGCCGUAGAAAGUUCACCCCCGCCGCAGGUAAUAAAUUCGGAACAACAUUGGC